UUUUGUGAUUAUUUUUGUAUUUUUAGAAGUGUUUCUGUUGAGGAUAUGGUUGAUCAUCAAAACCGGACGAGACAUAUUGUUGAAUUUGAUUCACUCAAAAAUUGGUAUCUUGAACGCGUUUGUCAGCUAAUUUACAGCGAUUUUGAUUACGUCGAGAAACACGGUGUUGAAGCUAUUCGUCGUAUGGGUUCAGCUUUUGGUGAUCGAAAACGUUUGGAAGAUUUGUUGAAAGCAGAAGAGGUUAAAUCUGAACAUGAACUUCAAAUUAUUGAAGCGGAUGAUGAGGUUGAAUCUGUUGAAGAUGUUUCACCACCACCCCAACCAAAUAAGCAAACAACUCCUCGCCCAACACCUCCAAUAGAUCCGCAAGCUGGAAUUGAUUUGUUAGAUCAUUGGACACGUUCAAUAGAAAAAAUGGCAAAAUCGCCAGACAUUUUGAAAAAUUUAAGCAAUUCAAAUAAUUCAAUUGUGUCAACUUCUAUCAAUUCCAAUGUUAAUAAGAACAAUUUAAACAAAUCUGGAAGGUGUUCUUUUAAAAAAUCUACACAGACAAUUCCUAUUGUUCAUGGAGCUGGAAUUCAUGUUACAGAAAAUUUGAGUUUGGAACAAAAAACGAAGCGUUGUUUGGCCGAUCUUCACAGACAAAUAACUAAUGGAAUUCCAAAAAGAAAAUGUCAAAUGUGCAAUCAAAAUGUCGACAACGAUUAUCGUUCAAUGAAAAAUCACGUUUUUCGUGUCCAUUUUAGGCCUUAUAAUUUAAAUAAAUUUACUCAACUUUUGGAACGGUGUUUUAAAAAGGAUGGAAAUAAUAAUAUUUUUAUUACAAAUGAUUUACAAUGCAAUGUUUGUGGACGGGAAUUGAGAACUAAAAGUUUGUUUAAAAUUUUUUUUUGA